AUGCUUGCACCGGUACCUUUUGAUGGAUCAGGGCACAGAUCAUGGAGACGAGACUCAAAGGAUCCUACUUUUGAUCAAUGGGAACGCUGUGAUAAUACAGUGACCUCGUGGAUUUUGAAUUCCCUUUCAAAGGACCAGAAAGAAAUCAGUGAUUUGAGUCAAGGAACACCCGAUAUUACAGGGUACUAUACUAAGAUGAAGAAGUUACGGGAAAAACUAAACAUCUUGAAUGCACAUGCUCAGUGCAAGUGCCAGCGUACAUGUGGUGCCAAGGCAAAUAUACAGAAAGCUGAACAUGACACAAGGUUAAUUCAGUUUCUAAUGGGUUUGAACAAGAAGAAAAGGGAGAUGAAACCAAAUAAUCAGUUAAUGAUUGAUUCCACUGCUUUGAGUGUGAACAAGCCAAGAAAUAAUAAUUUUAGAACUAGCUAUGGCAAACAAGGAAAUGGGCCUGGAGGGGAUUCCUACACAAACUGCAAUCAGUCGAGUAGCACUGGGAACAAUGGUUUCAGGGGCACCUACUCCACAAACAGACCUCGACCAGUCUGUGAUUACUGCAAGAGACCAGGGCACACCAGGACAGGUGCUAUAAACUUCACGGUUAUCCACAAGACUCCAAGUUCAAUAAAGAAAGAGGAGUGGCUGACAAUGUAUUUGGAGAUUAUGGUGAUAAACAUGUUGGUGUAG